UAUUUUUUUAGCUGCAAGUGAAGUUAUGAGGUUUCACAGCAGGAAAACAUACACUUACUGACAGCUGACCCACUGGUACAUGGCUACAGCAGUCUGUUAUAAGAAGAAGAAAAUGCACUGAUGACUGGAUCCCGUACCAAAUCCCGUCGAAUAAUGAUCAGCGAACUGUUCAUAGUGCGGCACCCUUUCUCUGUGUGUUUACCUGCGGACCAUAAGGUGACCCUAAGAGUCCGUGCUGAGGGCAAAGGAAUCCUGCUCUACCAGUGGUUCACUGAAGAUGAUGAAGAGGUGUUUGCGGGCAAUAAGGAAGACUUGACCAUACAAGCUAAAAAAUCUCAGCUCUACAUCUGCCGAGUGAGUGACAACUUCUGUAACUGCGUGUUCAGCGACUGGGUGAAAGUGAAGGUGUUGGACAUUGAUAAAUCAGGGUUGCCCAUUCACUGGCAAGGCGAGCCACACAUCGCUGUGAGCCCUAAACCCCAGACAGUCCGACAAGGUAAAAAACUCACUCUCCACUGCGCUGCCUUUGGCAUCCCCACUCCACACUAUCAGUGGUACAGAAAUGGACAGCCGCUGCAGGAUAAGACUACUGGCACGCUACAGAUUGACAAUGCAACAGCCGAACAUGAAGGAUCAUACUUGUGCUGCAUAUCUAACAUACUACAAGAGACAUGGACUGAACCAGUGGAUGUUGACAUUGUGCCAACGGAUCAGCUUCCUACUUCAGCAACCACAGCCACUGAUAAAGUUGCCCUCCUUAUUGGCAACCUGAAUUACUCCCACCACCCGGCCUUGAUGGCCCCCAUCAUGGAUGUGCAUCAGCUGGCCAACCUCCUGCAGCAGCUUGGCUUCAGAGUGGUUUCCCUGCUGGACCUCACCAGAGAGGAGAUGCUAGCCGCUAUAGAAAAGUUCAUUCAGCUCCUUGACAGAGGAGUUUAUGGCCUUUUCUACUAUGCGGGUCAUGGAUAUGAGCAUGCUGGGAGGAAUUACUUGGUAGCUGUUGAUGCUCCACAACCGUACCGACCUGAAAACUGUGUCUGUGUGCAGAGAGUCAUGCGCAGUAUGCAGGAGAAACAGACUGCACUGAGUGUAAUGCUUCUGGACACAUGUAGAAAAUGGUACAACCAGGAUUGCAUACCUUCGGGUAUUAUGCCUUUAGGACCCACAGGGAACACUGUUUAUGGUUAUGCCACAUGUGAAGAUGCUGAGGCUUUUGAGGUCCAGGACGGGGGGAAAAGUACUGGAAUCUUCACAAAGUACUUGAAUGCACACAUCCUACAGACCGAGAAAGUCACACAUGUCUUAGAGAGAGUGUCAGAGGAUCUUGGCAGAGACCCUCUAGUCACAGGCAAGCAGCAGGUGGAGAUAAAACACACACUGAAGGAACCUCGAUCUCUUGCUGACCCAGUUCAGACUGCCGGACACACGGGAGAACUACAUCUGCGCGAUGCCUGCUGGAGACAAGCAAACAAACUACCACGGAAGAAGCGGCGGAUGUUUGUUUGCGGGGUUGAAGUGGAAGUCAGCUUCUCAGCUUUGUUCUCUAAUGUCUUGAUGGCUUUUGCCACUGUAAAGACUAAAGGCCCCCGGACCCAGGACUGCACCGUCACCCUGAGCAGCAUACCUCCAAUGGAAGACAUCUUUUCCGGGCCAGAGGACAUGGACUCUUUACUAUUUACCAAAUCUGAAAACGUGGACUCUACACUGCGACUUUGUGCUCUUCAGAAGCUUACGGAAUCGCUGAUCAUCAAAGUUGAUCUACACUAUACUGAUAUGGACAGUAAGCUGCGCCAGACAGAAAGCCAACAAGUAGACAUAGGAAAGCCUUUGGUGGCAUCCUGUAAACUGCACAGGAGGAAUCAUACAACACCAGCCAAGAAAAAAGAAGGUGCUUCUGCUCAAAGUAUGGGCAACAUUACAAGCAGCAAACCACGGCUGCAUCAGACUCAGGCUGGCCCUUUCACCAGAAAGGCAGAGUGUGCUGCUAAAGUUGCAGUUACAAGGGGCAACGAACCUGAAGAGAACGAUGAAAAUGAACUGCAAGACUUUACUUUUUGACAUUUGCCUGUCAAUGAGUCUGUGGAUGAUGAAUGAGUGAGUGGAUGGCUGAGGUUUGUGUUUGAUUGGCCUUUCCAGCCUUUAAUUAUUAGCUCAACACAGAAGAAACAUUAACACUUAAUUUAAUAAAUGUAUUGUACUUUUUUUGAAUCACUUUUUCAUUUGUGGCAAGCUGGCUAGCCUAACAAAGAGUAACAACCUUUACUGUUAAUAAUUUAUCUAAUAAAAAUCACUACUUUCCA